CUAGCAACAUCAUGGCGGGGGACACCAGAAAUGGGCUUCACACAUUGUACCCAUGUGGGGAUUCGAACCUGGAUCUUCGGCGCGACGAGCCAACGCUUUAACCACUAGACUACCCCACCGCCUCCAACGGCAUGAUGAAAAGGAUCAACCUACAUAUGAUCAACAUCCACUGUGUAGCACACCGACUUGCUCUCUGUACCAGCCAAGCAGCUGAGAAGCUUCCAGCCCUGAAGGAUUAUCAAGAAGUGGUCACCUCCAUUUAUUACUACUUCAAAUACUCCCCAAACAAGAUCUCGCGGAUAUCAGAAGUUCAGAAAAUUCUUGAUUCCCCUCAGCUCCGGUACAAGGAGGUUCACAGCAUUAGAUGGCUCAGCUUUUAUAAUGCGCUUGAAACAGUGUAUAGAACGCUAGAAACAUUAUUGGCUUAUCUCACUAAUGUCAGUCUUAGUGAUGCCAAAGCCAUUGGUUUGAAAAAGAAGCUGCAGUUUGAUUCUGUUUGCAUUUGAUGGAUAAACCAUUCGA